GUCGAGGCGGACCGUUUUGACACAGAAGGAGAAGAAAAAAAAAAAAAAAACAACCUCCUCUGUAGUCAGCAAACAUCUAUGAGUGGUUGUAAUGCAAAGAGGGAUACGAGUCGCAUCAACACGGACUGUAGGAAACAAGGCAACUCCGAGCUGUCAAGAUACCACCGAUCACAACGGAAAACGCGUUUGCUGGCGGGAGUUUACCGCUGAGGCGUCGGAUGGAUGAUGAGGAGGAGGACAUGUCACGGCCCAUCUCGCAGCUCUGGGGAACGCCCUUUAGGGACGUCAAAUACGAAGACCGCGCCACACAGAUCGCGGCCGGACAGGCCCUCGCUGCUGUCACCGCCGCCGUGUCCACGUCACAGAGUCACAACAACAACAGCAUUGGCAUCAACACACUGCCCUGCAACUUGCUUCGGCAGCCUCGCAUACCCUUUCACGGCAACGCUGGAAUACGCUCACAUUUCCCUGCUCAGUUUGAGCCCAUGGAGGACCGGGGAGAGAGGCAGAUUGAAGAGGAGGAGGAGGAGGACAGAGGGGAGGAAGAUGACAGGAUGGCAGAGGGGCCGGCGGAGCAGGCGGGGGUGAGCGUGGAGGCGCAAAUCGGUCGUAAACUUCGGGAGAUCGGAGACAAGUUCCAGCAGGACCACGUUGAACUGUUCAUGAGGCAUCAGAGACAAAACCUGCCUGCCUGGAUGCGCCUUACGAUGGCCCUGUUCGGCUUUCUGUUCCCACGAGACGCUCUCUUCCCUCGCCUGAGAGGAGAGCAGAGAUGAAGGGACUUCCUGCUGGUCCUUGCCUCAGCCCCUUGCUUUCCCCCAAAUCCCACGUGGGGGAGCAAGGGACCGGACUUUAUGAGGUGGCACUGUAAGAUGGAACACGGGUUUGGAUUUUUUGUUUUCUAAUUGAAUAUGAAGACGAGAUGAAGAAAACACUGGUCACCGCUGGACGGAGGCUAAUUACCGUUUAUUUUCUUUUUUUGUUUUUUGUUUUUUUGUUUUUUUGUUUUUUUCGUCUUUUCCGAGAAGGAGCCAUUGCGUUUGAAGAGAUAUUUUCGAAAUAUUUGUAAGAUUACCUAUUUUGUACAGUAAACUGCUCUUUUUAUUUGGUAUUUCAAGUCUUGAAGGACCUCCAUCAGUCCGGGGAAUGCCUUAUUCUCUCCUGCCACAGUACGACUUUUUUUUUUUUUUCGCAUCACGGAAAUCACAAGAAAGAGAUCAAAUAUUUAAGAUUAGGCCACUUUUUUUGGGGGGGGGGUUGACAAACUGUGGAUGUGGACAUUUCUGUGAUGAAGUUACUGACUUAUAACCUUGAGGACAUGAGGCACAUUUCUAAUUUAUUCUCGGACUAACAAUAAGCCCUGUACUUAUCCUUUUACUGUUCCACACUGGCUAAGUUGAAUAAUGCUUGUGGCGGUCUUACACGCCGGUGUUGCACUGUUGGUCAGUUUAAUGCGUGUGUUACCAGCUUCCACUGUAGACGUAGGGACAUUAUAUCAACCUGUGUCACCUCAUCAGCUUCCCCAUCUACAGUACCACUCUUGUUGUGAAAAGGCCUGUCAUGAUACUUUUAUUGGAUGUCGUAUUGACCCAGAAUCAAAUGCAAUAAACAAAUGAUUGCCAUUUUACGAGCAUUGUACGUUAGUGAUUUAAUGAGAAUAUAAAAGUAUAAUAAUGCAGGUACAAAAAAUCCUAAAUAAUGAAUAAAUACAAUGAAAACACACAGUGAUAAGACCAAUUAUCAUGACAGGCCUGGAUCUUGUCAAAGUGGCCUAACGACCCACUGUGUAGAUUCAGAUCCUGUUGAUUCAUUCAUACUUGAAUUACGCUCUAAGAUGCUUUAGUCGAGUAACAUCGUGAUUGUGCUUUUAAUCCGUGGUCAUGCGUAUGUAGGAGUGUGUGCUUACUGUUUCUAAAAUCUGCAGUCCUUUUGAAACCAAAUGAGCACAAUCAAAGUCAAAACAAAUCUCCUGUGUGGGAUUACGAUCAGGGAACUGGAAAAACAAUCAGACGCACGAAAAGCUUUGGAUUAGGUUUCAUCAUUGUCUGAAGCUUUUCGGGGUUUAUUUCUCUAGCUGGAUUGACAAUCGCAACUUUGCCCUGUGCGGGUCGCCUGCAAGAGAGAUGACAUUUAUCAGCAUUUCUUUUAGGGGGCGAGCAAUAUCCAAGCCAGUGGAAGGAAGGAAGUAUAAUCUUAGGGAUCUGUUGCAUUCGCAAUCAAACUGACAUCCAUAGAAGGACAUUUCCCAGAACAUGGCUGUGUUCUCAAAGAAAUAUCUUUGUUACAGAAACAUUUUUAUGGUUUAAGUUACAGAGAUGCAUUUUUAUUUCAUUUCACUCCAGGUCCAAAUCCAAAUGAGUCGAGCACUGACUCAAUCCCCGACGUGCCGAUACAUUUAUCAACUCAACUUUUUCAUUCAAGUGCUUUCUUUCACCUAACUGCCGGUGGUGCAUUCACUGAGAACUCUGUAAGAACAGCUUCUGUACAGUUCAAAAGAACCAUUGUACUAAUCACACAGACACAUUUAGGACGUUUUUUUUUUUGUUUUUUUUACAUUUUUGUGCGACAACUGCUUUGUUAGCAUUCUGCAAUGACACAGCCACUGUUUCUCAAUGUGUUUUUAUCAAGGAAAGACGUCUUUACGGACUUUAAAUGAGAUGUUAAAAAUUCUUCAUUUGAUGUAUUAUUUCAGUCUGUUGUAAAUUCAUGAUAUGAACUUUUGAAAGACACUGAUGGGUUUUUUUUUCUUGCUUUUGGUUUUCUCCAGGGAGUAGUUAAUAACCGUGAUAAGUUGUGUUUGCUAAAAAUCUGCCUUUAAGCGAGGACUCCGUGCGUCAACGUAGUUGAUGGACGUAGUAAGACGAAGCUGAACAAGCAAAGAUGUCUUCUUUAUUUUAUGUUUUUUCCAUGUCAUUUUCACUCUCCAUCAACAUGGAAGUGUGUUACAGAUUGUUAGCUUUUUUUUUUUUCUCCUUUAAACCAAACGUUUGUUUCCUGCAAACACUGAACGCUGAGCCAAUUCAGACCGUUGUGACACACUCUUCAGUCCAAAGUUUCGCACCCUCGCUUCUCUUUGACCGAACGCCAUGUUUAACUACUCCCUGUCCUUACUGAGAACAAGUUUCAUAUUAUUUGGUUUCCUUUAAGAUAAUUUAUUCUAAUUUAUUUUGUGUAUAUUUGCUCAGUGCUACUGUAUAGAUGCUAUCUCAGUGUGUACAGUC